AAUGUCAGUAAUCCGGAUCUACUACCGCCGCCCCCGUUUCGUGGCCAUGGAACGCUCGGAGCUGGUCGGGCUGUCGCAAUUCCUGGCUGACGUUGGCGGCACGCUUGGCCUGUUCCUUGGCUUCUCCUUCCUUACCCUGGCCGAGAUCUUCUACUUCUUCUCGAUCAAGCUGUGCUGUACUUUUCAACGCCAGGAAUCAAAGAAAAGUGAAAACUCAAGCAAUAUCGACGAUGUCUAGAUCCCU